UUUUGCCAAUGGGUUUUUCGAAACUUGCUUGCUUUUUCGAUCGUUUUUUUUUCAAGUUAUUAAUUAUUUGUGUUCUCCAUCAUCUUUAAUUGAUAAUGCCAGGUUGUGCAGUAAUCAAUUGCAAAAACUCUGCCAAGAAAGGCUUCCUGAUGAAGCAUUUCCCUAAGGAUCCGUCAAGGAGAAAACAGUGGAUAAUCAACAUGAAAAGAGACAACUGGAAUCCUACCAAGUAUUCUUGCUUAUGCGAAGUGCAUUUCGCUCCAGAAGCAUGGGAAAAAACAAGGGUAGACGGCAAGAGGGUUUUGAAAGUCUCUGCAGUUCCCACAAUUUUUGCUCCCAAAGAGAGAAAACCCAUUUCCCCCAAAAAAUCUGAACUGAUAUCCAAAGAAGAGCCUAAUGCAAAUAAUGCCUAUAGUUCCAAACACUCAGGGCUAAUAGAAAAGAUUAAAGCAGAAACUACUAAACUUUUUGAACACCUUACAAAUAAAUGUGAUGAAAGUGUAUUAUUUCAUGUUUUGGGAACAAUUAAGAACUUAAAUAAUCUAUUAGAAGUUUCUUAUAAGAACGACCACGAAAGACAAGAUUUAUCUGCUCUUCAAUCAAAGAAACCUGAUGAUAAAAGAAUUACCGAACAAAGAGUAAUAUUUUCAUCUAAGAGAAGACACACAAUGAGGAAAAAGUUGAUAUCAAGGCCAUCCCAGAAGAAUACUUCGAUAAUAAAGAGCAACCCCAUUAAGCUAGGUUGUAUAUUGGAAAAUAUCAAUAAUGACCAUAAUUAUUUUAGAAAAAAAGUCUAAAUAGUAUUCUAAGAGUAAGCUUGUACUACAUGAAGGUUUAAGUUUAUUUAAAUCAAGGUAUGUAUAUUUGUAAAUAAAAAUCAUCUUAUUCA